CCUUUCGUUUAUUAUGGAGUAUUUUGUGAUUUUGUCGGUCGAUCUGUCCCAAAAUCCAAACGAACGGGGGUGAUGGACUUGCCCGUUUGAAACCCCCAAAUCGCAGGCUCCACAGAGACCAACGGCCAUAUCCCCAACUUUGGAUUUUGGCCACCGCCGGCGCCGCCGACCCCACGAUUUCCCUCCACACUGCCACCCACAUCCGUCGUCUCCCCCCGGCCGCUCCCCCGCUCCGGUUUGAAAUCCCCUCCGUGUCCCCAGAUAUCCGCCGAUCCCCUCUUCGAAAAUCGGCGAUUGCGAGUGGGAGUUAUUGAGACCCCCCCCCCCCCCCCCCAAUCAUAGGAUACUGGUUGAUCCGCGCCGACUCCUCUCGUCUGCUGCUGCUGCUGCUGCUCUGCGCUCUCUUCGAGGAGGAAGAAGAUCAUCAGGAGCACCUGUUCCGCCGCCUCUGUCCUCCGAUCUCACAGUCCCAUCCGCCUCGCCGCUGGUAGCGGCAAGCAAGCCAAAGACGCCGCGGGAUCCCAAUAUCCCAUCUCCACGGGCAGCAGCGCCACCGCCACGGCUGGAGCAACCAAACCAAGGGACGCGGGCACGUUCUACUGGGAAAUCGCCACGCCGAAUUUUGUGUGUGCCAAGCGAAGAGUAUUAGACGCUCCUGAAGAUGAGAAGGUUCUUUCCGUUCCGCUCAUUCACAAGUAAUGCUGGGAAUGGCAAAGCAUCAGCGGGACAUGAUAAGAAGAAUGAGAACAAACUGGAUGGAGGGACUAGCUGUGCCUCCCAUUCUCCUGACACACGGGCAUUCAGGUCAAGAAGCCGGCAUGGAAAACCAAGCAGUGAGGAAUCAUCCACUCCUCAGCUCAGGAGGUGCAUGUCAUUGACGUCGUCAGCAAUUGAUCGUUCCUUGAAUGAACGGACAAUGAACUUUUCAGGCGAUAUUCCAUGCUCUUUCUCCAAUAGUUCUGAUGUGCCUCGACACAUUGGGGAUGCGGAGUACUAUCCCUGGUCACAAGAAAGACACACCAAUAUGGGAGAAUACACGAUAGAGGUUCCAAAAACACAUGGGGUACAGGAAAGUGAUUCACCUCAGUCAAGAUGCUACUCAUGCUCAGCAGGACACUCUCCUGUUAGUUCUCCUGUUGUGUUAAAAUGCAGGCCUUCUAAAUUGACCAAUCUUUCAAGCAAGAAUGAAGUUCUAGAUCUAUAUAUUGAUGGAGAGCAAGAGUCAAACAGUCUAAAUGAGAAACAUAAGCUAAAAUUACCUGUCAGAUCCUCAUCAUCUUAUUUGGGACGGGGACGGCCACCUAGACCCCAUUCUACAGCUCCAUCUUCACCAAAGUCUUGCAAAGAAAUCGUUGAGAGCUAUAGCUACUCAAACAUCGACAUGAUUGAUGCCUGCCAAUUAGCUCAGGAGGAAACAAAGGGCAUAUGGAAGGUUGCAUCUGUGUGUGCAGAGCCUGGAGAUGAUGCACAAAUGCUUGAAGCAUCUUCUGAAAAAUUUUCACAUAUAGAGGAGUGCAAAUCACAAAGUAUUGCUACAUUGGAAGAUAUUUAUGAUCGUUUGGAAGAUGCACAACCUCCAUGCUUUUGUGACACUUCAAUGGAUUAUAUUUCAGGCACUACCUCAAGAUGCUUUGAUGCAGAUGUCUGUUGUCGUGAUGACUCUCAUGGUUUUCAUGGUAAUAACCUUGAACAAGACACUGAUGAGAAGUUGCUUAGAAGAGCUAAAGAACUUGAUGAGUGCUUCAUGGUUCCUCUUGAAGAAAAUAAUGAGCUUAACAUGCUGAGGGAUAAUAGUUUAAGCUCAACUGACAUGUUGCAGCUGAUACAGACUUUGAUUGAAGAUAGAAGGCAAUUGGCACUCCAAUUGUCUUCACAAAUUAAGGCACGUCUUACAGAGAGAUUUGCAGCCAAAGAGCAACAUAAGCGGUCCAAGGUAGAAUUGAACACCAGAACUAGAAGGCUGGAGAAGGAGAAGAGUGAUGUGCAAAGUACCUUGGAAAUGGAGCUUGAUAGAAGGUCAAAUGAUUGGUCAGUCAAACUGGCAGAAUUCCAAUCAGAAGAACAGCGAUUACGGGAAAGAGUAAGAGAGCUUGCAGAGCAGAAUGUAUCUUUUCAAAGAGAAGUUACUUUACUUGAAUCGAACAGAAUUGAUGUUUCUAAUAAGAUAACAAGUUUAGAACUGCAAAACAAACAGCUCAAUGACGAGCUACAGAAAGUAAAGAAAGAGCAUGAUACUCUUUUGAAGUCAUCGGUUGAGUUGAAUGAUAAUUUAACGAAAACUGCAGAGGAAAGGAACCAAAUCCUGGAAUGCUUAAAAGAGAAGGGAGGUGACAAUAAAGCAUUACACAAAGUGAUUGCAAGGUUGCAGAGGAUAUCUAAUGAACAGGAGAAAACAAUAACUGGCCUGAGACAGGGAUUCAAUGCUGAACUGGAAAACAAAUCCCUUGGUACUAGUGAAAGCAUCAGCAGGAUGCAAAUGGAACUUAUCAGACUUACUGGAGUGGAACAAAAGCUGAGAAGAGAAAUUCAGUCCUGUAACCGUGAAGUUGAGUCUCUAAGGGAAGAGAAUAUAGCUGUUUUAAAUCGUCUACAAAGCAGUGAUAACAAAUUAAGUAUUUCUUCAGUUCGUCUUGAACAGGAGCUCAACACCAGAGUGGACAACUUGCAACUACAGGGCUUAUCGUUGCUUGAUGAUACUAGUCAGCUUUGUGCCAAGUUGUUGGACUCAAUGAAAUCUAAGAGGAGUGAGAGUUUCGGAAGUGUUGAUGCAUUAGCAUCCAUUGAAUACACUUUGAGUUACCAGAGCAUACAAGAAAGAAUCAAGAAUUUAAAACAAUGUCUUCGGGCAAUCAGAUCUAUGUUGACUGAAAAGCAUAAUGAAGAAGAAAAGAUUGGAGAGAGAACUGAAAGCUGUAUCUUGAAACAGGACCACUUAUCCAAGGAUGACAUUGAAUUUAAGUUGAAAGAAGAGUCUAUGCUCUGUAGAGUACUAAAGGAGAAGUUAUUGUCAAGAGAACGAGACAUUGAACAAUUGCAGUCAGAUCUAGCAUCUUCAGUUCGCAUCCAAGAUGUCAUGCAAAAUGAAAUCCAAAGGGUUCAGGAUGAACUAUGUUGCCUCACUCACAAGUCCAAACAUUUGGAAAUGCAGGUUUUGAAGAAAGAGGAGAACAUUAAUCAGAUCCAACAGGAUUUUCAGGAAUCUUCGAAGGAAUUGACUGCUCUUCGGUGCACACUCAAAACAGUAAGUGAUGAAAGGGAUGUCUUGUGGCAGGAAACGAAGCAGCUGCGAAAAACUAUCAGCGCCUUGCAAAAUGAUGUUGCUUCAUUAAAGCAGAAGAUGAAAUCUCUUGAUGAAGACAUACUGCUUAAGGAGGGUGAAAUACUGCUUAAAGAGGGUGAGAUUUCGAUACUACGUGACAGUAUCGGCAGGCCAUCUGACAUCAUCUGCAGCCCUCGGCCAUCGAAGCUGUUCGAAUCGGAGUAAAUUUGCAUAGAAGUAGCUGUAGAAUCUUGCAUUUUUCAAACAGCUUUACUUUCCCCCCAUUUUACACAGGAGAUCAUUUACUUGUGAAUAUGGAAUACCGAAUAGGGCGUUUGCUGCUUUCUAGAUUUCUUGUAUACCAAUGCAAUAUGUGUUGCAUUAUCUAGUAAGAGACACGAGUACUCGACGGAUGACAUGCUCAGAGGCACCUCCGAUCAUAGCUAUGUCAAAUCUAGUCCUCUAUUAUGUUAAUUGCCACCUUUCUUUUUUGGGAAUACAAACACCUCGACAAUGUUUAUGUUA